CUCCUUUGCUCGGUAAAGUCUAUUCUUAUUGUGUCUGGAAGAAGCUGUGCUGAGACUGUGUUCUCCCCGAGGAAUAAUAGCCUUGGAGGAAUAUAUUUUUUCAGAAUAAAAAGGAGGAAAUGUUUUCACCGAAAGGUAAAGUUCAGACUGUGUUGGGCCUUAUAGAGCCUAGCCAGCUUGGUUCAACUUUGACUCAUGAACACUUGACAAUGAACUUCAGUUGCUGUUACAGCCCUCCUCCUUCAGGGCAGGAAGCACUGUCUGAAAAACCCAUUGAGAUGAAGAACUUGUUUUGGCUUAAGCAGAAUCCCUACAGCCAUAAAGAGAACCUCCUCCUGUGUCAAGAGAUAGAUGCUGUGAGGGAGGAACUGUUGCAUUACAAGGCAGCAGGUGGUGGGGCCAUAGUGGAAAAUACGACCACUGGGAUCAUGCGAGAUAUGAAGACCUUGAAGCAGCUUGCAGAGGAAACUGGAAUCCAUAUUAUUGCUGGAGCGGGUUUUUAUGUGGAUGCCACCCAUUCUCCUGAGACACGAGCUAUGUCUGUGGAGCAGCUGACAGAAGUUAUUAUUAAUGAAGUUAUCAAUGGAGCAGAUGGAACCAACAUCAAGUGUGGUGUAAUUGGAGAAAUUGGCUGCUCUUGGCCUCUGACAGAGAGUGAAAACAAAGUUGUUCAGGCAACAGCGCAUGCCCAGUCCCAGCUUGGCUGCCCUGUCAUCAUCCAUCCUGGCAGGCAUAGUGACUCACCUUUCCAGAUCAUUCGGGUUUUUCAGGAAGCUGGGGGUGAUGUCUCAAAAACUGUCAUGUCUCAUAUGGAUAGGACUAUAUUUGAUGAAAAGAAGCUGUUGGAAUUUGCUCGUCUUGGAUGCUACUUAGAGUACGACCUUUUUGGAACAGAAUUCAUUUUGUACCAGAUGGAGCCUGAUAUUGAUAUGCCAAGUGAUAAUGAAAGAAUUUUAAGGAUACGGAAGCUGAUUGAUGAAGGCUAUGAAGACAAACUUUUAAUUGCUCAUGACAUACACACAAAGAAUAGAUUAAAGAAAUAUGGGGGUCAUGGCUAUUCUCAUAUACUUGAAAACAUAGUCCCCAAAAUGCUUGUUAGAGGCAUAUCUCAAAAUCAAAUUGAUAAGCUAUUGGUAGCCAAUCCUAAGCAGUGGCUGACUUUUAAAUAGGAAAAUGUAAAUAUUAUUGUAAUCAGAUUUGCUUCAAUGAAAUUGGAAUUUGAAAUCUAAAUAUAUUGAGGCGGGAAGGGCUUAAAAUAUUAAGAAGACUCCUACAACUCUGGUAAUUAAUUGAUUCUUACUAAAUGCUAUAGUAUACCUAUUGUUUCCAACUAAUCCAGUUGCAUACCUUUUGAUCCUUGCAGGGGUAAAUGGACUAAAACACAGUUGUACAAUCUUAAAGGGUCGUUUUUUAAUAUUGUAAUAGUUUAAUUCCAUUUUAAUUGUCAGUUUUGUAAGUUUUUAAUUGUACUGUGUUUUUAAACUGUAAGCAGCUUUGAGUCCCAAUUUAGGUGGGAAAGCAGG